AAAACCCGGAGAAGCGGGAUGGCGCGUUUUGACUCUGCAAAGUGAGCAAACACCUCUGCGACGCCAGCUGUGAGAGCCGCGCAGGGGGCAUGGGGAUUGACGCUGCUCAUCGCCCCCCAGUCUCAAUCCCAACGCUGUGAGAAAACGCUGACUUUGCCAGAGCCCCAGGUGCAGCGGGGCUCGGUAAAAGAGGCACCUUUCUCCGUUCCCAUCCCAGUUCAAGCGCUCCUGGCUCUGAGGACGCCAAGAGACUCCAGAGUGGGUGCUAAAGCUCCCAGAGCGGGCAGCAGGUGUGCAGGGCUGGCCUCCGGGUUCCCGGAGACUCUCGGGCUGACGUCUUGCGUUCGGUAAAGGCCCCAACCCCUUCUCGGAGCCGGCUGUCCCGCGCCGCUGCAAACCGCGUCUCCCCGCAGCAUGGCCACCAGCCUCAGCCUGGACGACCCUUGGCCGCUAAGCCUUCUGUCCGUCCAGCAGACCACGCUCCUGCUACUCCUUUCCGUGCUGGCCGCCGUGCAUGUGGGCCAGUGGCUGCUGAGGCAGCGGCGGCGGCAGCCGGGCUCCGCGCCUCCAGGCCCCUUCCCGUGGCCGCUGAUCGGAAACGCGUUGGCGGUGGGCCGGGUGGCUCACCUCUCCUUCGCGCGCCUGGCGCGGCGCUACGGCGACGUCUUCCAGAUCCGCCUGGGCAGCUGCCCCAUAGUGGUGCUGAAUGGCGAGCGCGCCAUCCACCAGGCCCUGGUGCAGCAGGGUGCAGUCUUCGCCGACCGGCCGCCUUUCGCCUCCUUCCGCGUGGUGUCCGACGGCCGGAGCGUGGCUUUCGGACAUUAUUCUGAGUACUGGAAGACGCAGCGGCGCGCGGCGUAUGGCACUAUGCGCGCCUUCUCCACGCGCCAGCCGCACAGCCGCCGCGUCCUCGAGGGCCACGUGCUGGGCGAGGUGCGCGAGAUGGUGGCUCUGCUGGUGCGCGGCAGCGCGGGCGGUGCCUUUCUCGACCCGAGGCAGCUGACUGUCGUGGCCGUGGCCAACGUCAUGAGCGCCGUGUGCUUUGGCUGCCGCUACAACCAUGACGACGCCGAGUUCGUCGAGUUGCUCAGCCACAACGAGGAGUUCGGGCGCACGGUGGGCGCGGGCAGCCUGGUGGACGUGCUGCCCUGGCUGCAGCUCUUUCCCAACCCGGUGCGCACCGCCUUCCGCCAAUUCGAGCAGCUCAACCGCAACUUCAGCAACUUCGUCCUGGACAAGUUCCUGAGGCACCGGGAAAGUCUUCGGCCCGGGGCCGCCCCCCGAGACUUGAUGGACGCCUUCAUCCUCUCCGCGGAAAAGAAGGCGGCCGGGGACUCCGGCGACGGUGGAACGCAGCUGGACCUGGAAAACGUGCCGUCCACUGUCACCGACAUCUUCGGCGCCAGCCAGGACACCCUGUCUACCGCGCUGCAGUGGCUGCUCCUCCUUCUCGUCAGGUACCCUGAAGUGCAGGCUCGGGUCCAGGCAGAAUUAGAUCAGGUCGUGGGGAGGGAUCGUCUGCCCUGUAUGGACGACCAGCCCAACCUGCCCUACGUUAUGGCCUUUCUCUACGAAGCCAUGCGCUUCUCCAGCUUUGUGCCUGUCACCAUUCCUCACGCCACCACUGCCAACACCUCUAUCUUGGGCUACCACAUCCCCAAGGACACGGUGGUUUUCGUUAACCAGUGGUCUGUGAAUCAUGACCCAGUGAAGUGGCCUAACCCAGAGGACUUUGAUCCAGCUCGAUUCUUGGACAAGGAUGGUUUCAUCAACAAGGACCUAACCAGCAGCGUGAUGAUUUUUUCAGUGGGCAGACGGCGGUGCAUUGGCGAAGAGCUUUCUAAGAUGCAGCUGUUUCUCUUCACUUCCAUCCUGGCUCACCAGUGCAAUUUCAGGGCCAACCCAAAUGAGCCCCCCAAAAUGAAUUUCACUUACGGCCUGAGCAUUAAACCCAAGCCAUUUAAAAUCAACGUCACUCUCAGAGAGUCCAUGGAGCUCCUUGAUAGUGCUGUCCAAAAGUUACAAGCCGAGAAAGCUUGCCAGUGAGAAGCUGGAGGCAAGCUGAAAUUUUAGAACUACUCAAGUCUUGGGGGUGGGGAGUAAAAUUCAGUUUUUUCUAGCCCCUGUUUUGUGGUGCCUCUCAGCCUCUAAGGUGAGCAUAAACCAACUGGCCCACAGGGAAGGUGUGCUCCAUGUUGAGUAGCUCCUCCUGAGUACUGGGCUGUGCACAAUCUCCUGGAAGAGUUUUUGAGUCAAAGAGUUAAAGGGUCCAAAGAAUUCUUAUACCUAUGCUGGAUCCUGCUAAUCAAAUUUUCUUAAGGUAGCAUUCUUUGCAGUUAAAACACACACGCACAUACAUACACACACAAACUAUCUAAUGAAGAGUUAUUUCAGUGACCAUGACAUUCUAGGUGGGAUCCAAGAUUUAUCUUCCAUGUGCAGAAAUCUACUCCACAGAAAACUGCAUUAAGCAGAGUUUCAGAGAAUAUUGAUGAAGAUACAAAGGCAAGUCAUUUCAAUGUAAGAUACAUGAUUGAGGGUGUUAAGGGGAAAAGGUAAAGACCAUCUGAUAUUCCCUUCUCACCUUUUCAUUAAAAUAGCUUAGACAGACUCUAGUAUUUAUGGGUGGAUUUAUCUUUUUGCCUACUGAUAGACUGACUUCCUUACUUUUUUAGGAUAAAUCAUAAGGUCAGUGGCGCAAAAAGAAAUUAGUAGUUGAAUUAGUGAUUAUAGUGGGUUUCAGUGAUUCUUCAUGAAUUUUGAAGUGUGAAUUGUUCAACUGUAAAAUUCUAAGCUGAAGCUGUGCCUCUGUUGGUUGCCAAAAUAUAUUUCAAUUAUGAGCAAAAACCCCCAAGAAACAAAAAAAGAAUCCCAAAAAUCAAAUUGUCAGCUAAGCUUUAAAUUAUGUUAUUGUAAUGUACUGACUUCAGUAAGUCUCAUAGGUUAAAAGAAAGUCACCAAGUAGUAUUCAACAUAUAUACAUACAUAUAUUACAUCAUUGUCCAUAAGUAGUAUGUUAGUAUUAUCUUGUUCAAGAAAAGGUUGAAUAAAUGUCUUGUAUGAUAUUGUAAAUCGAAAAGUACAACCAAUUCAACUAAAUGUGUCUCAAAUAUUAGAUAUGUUAAAUGAGCUUGAUUAAAUCACCCCACUAUGUUUGACAUAGGAAAACCAAGCAAGGUCUCUUUUCUCAUCCAAAAGCUGAAAGAGAACUGACAAAUCUCAAAAUUAGAUCCAAAGAUGUGGUCUUAUUUUAUAACUUUUUAAAUUAAAAUUGUGUAAUACAGGAUCUUUUUGAAACUGAUUUAAUUAAUAUGUUUAAAUUUCAGACUCUUGGCAUGCUUAAAUUUAAAUUUAAUUUUAAAGCCAUUCUGAUUAUUGAGUUUCAGUUGAAGUUAGCGGAAGUCACCGUUACCCUGUGGAAGGCAGAGAACUCUAACCUGUGUCUGCCUGAUGCAUGGUGAAAAAGGCUGUGAAUUAUCUGGAUGUUCUCUUUGCUAGGUAAAAAAGGAGAAACUUCCAUUGUAACUGAUCUAGUUUCUCUUUUAAAUAAUUUUUUAAAAGUUAACAUUAAUGUCUGUUUUUUGGAAAGUCAGAAUCAGAAGAUAGUCUUGGGAAGCCAUUUUAAGAAUCGCACUGGAAGACAGUGGAGCUGAUCCGAUCAGUUGCUUUAAGACGGCCAACCCUGUGAGCGGUUAUUAAUAUUUUGGUAGCUGGGAAAACAUAAAGCUCUAACAAAAUGUAUGCAUUUGGCUUAUGUAAAUAACCUGAAAACCUUUAAAAAAAAUGACGAAAGAUUGCAGAAGUACAAAGUGAAGUUGUAAAUUUCAAUUUUCUUUGCAAUUAAACUUGCAAAGGAAGUUCUGCAGUGUCCUAAGAGCUUACUUCUUGUUACAUCUUAUUAAGCUUUGUGGACUCUUUGUAUCAAAAUUACAAAGAAAGGCUUGUAUGAUGGUUGUGUGGGGGGGGUGGUAAGAGAAAAGAGAGAAGAAUGGAAAGGAGGAAACAUGGUUAAACAUUCCCCCCCCCAUUCCAAAUUAAUUAAUUUGGAGCACAAAAUUCAAAUCAUAAACAUUUAGAAAAAAGAUGUUUGGUAUAGUAGUGUUAAAUCUCAAACAGUCUAUUUUUAAAAAUCUACAAUAUAGCAGACCUGUUCUGUAGUUUGGAAUAUUUUAUUAUAUAAUUUCAUGUAAUUUUUAUUUUAAAGAUUUAUAGCUUUACUUCUUGAAUAUGAAAAAUUGUGCCAAUAUUUUUUUGAAAGGUAAUAAAGUUAACUAUAGACAUCAGGCUUGCCCAGUACAUUUAUAUGUUUUGUCACUGGCCAUUCUAAAAUGUUAUGCCCCAGCAGGGCUGAGACAGUGAUUUUGGGCUGCCGUAGCCCAUUUAUUUAGAUUGAGAGAUGUAUAACAGCAAAAAUAAUCAUGUACCAACCUGGAUGCCUCAUUAAGUCAACCGGGUCCAGAUGUGCUAUUAUUUGUUUUUAUGUAUGUAGGCUCAGUCGUCAUCUGACGCUUGUGGCAAAGGGAAAGUUGUGCUUAUAUAGAAGAAAGUAAGGUAGGUGCUUGGAGAUUACCUGGCUUAUUUAACAUGUUGAUAACAUAAUUUAAGGAAGGAAAACAACCAAAAUUGAACAAAAAUAACCAAAUUUGGAGACUACAGUAAUCAGAAGAUUGGCUUAACCAGAAAACCUCAUUGUAUUUCUACCAGAGUCAGCACUUUUACUCCCGUUUAUUGCAAUAGUUAUUUUGUUUAUUAAAUAAAGCUUUGACUUUGUAAGAAGAAUUGCUUUUUUCCCCAAAACAGAAAGAUGUCUCAGGUUUGUUUUGUGGCUUAUCUAAAGCUUUCAUGUCCCAGAACUUAGCCUUUACCUGUGAAAUGUUACUGAUGCCUUAAUAUUUUCAUACUAGAUCUAUAUUAGAUCAAAUAGUUGCAUAGCAGUAUAUAUUAAUUUGUAUGUGUUUAGCUGUGAUACAACUACUACUUUAGUAGAUGUUUAUAACUCAAGGAUAACUUCUUAUUUAACCUUUUCUUAUUUUUGUGCUUUGCCAUGUAUGCUUUUAGUAUAUACAUAGCAGCUACAGUACAUAAUUGUAAUCGAAAUAUAUUCUGGGGUAACAGCAUUAAGAUGUAGUUUUUACUGUUUGAUAUACCAAAUUUAAAACAAAUCUGUAUCUGAUUACGUAUACUGGACAGCAUUACCAAAAUAAUAAAAAUCACUUGCAUAAUCUUA